CUGCACCCCUGUGGAAAUGAAAACCAUCCAUUUUCUACAGUUAAUAAAUGGUUUUCAAGGCUGAAGUCCAGGGGAAGAACUGAAGUUUCUGCUCUCUCAGGAACUCAAUGGAGAAUCCCAAUAGUCCAGACUCCGUAGAUUUGGAGUCCAAGAUCAAGACUGAGAAUGAGCCAGAGGAGGGAUCUUCCCAUGGAGUGAAGAUUGAAAGACUUGGCAGUGUUGAUGAUUACUCCUCUCCUUGUGGGGAAUGGGGUGAAAGUGAGAGCCAGGUAAAAAGUGAGGAAGUAAAACAGGAGAGUGAUGUGAGAAAAAUCACCAAACGCCGGAAGAUUCAAACUAGAAGCAAAACUUAUAAGUAUAAGGAGUGCAGGAAAGCUGUCCCUCAAUAUUCACACUCUUCUGAACAUCAGGAAAUCCAUGGUAUUAAGAAGGCUUAUAUAUGUAGUGCAUGUAAUUUAAUAUUCUCUGACAACUUAAGACUUAUUCAACAUCAGAAGGUUCAUGCUGGAAAGAAGCGUUAUAAAUGUGAUGAGUGUGGGAAAGCCUUCUUUGAGAUUUCAAAACUUCAUAUACAUCAGAAGAUUCAUACUGGAGAGAAGCCUUAUAAAUGUAAUGAGUGUGGGAAAGCCUUCACUCAAAAUGCUACCCUUUUCAAACACCAGAGGAUUCAUACUGGAGAGAAACCAUAUAAAUGUAAUGAGUGUGGAAAAGCCUUCACUCAAAAAUCAACCCUAUCCAACCACCAGAGGAUUCAUACCGGAGAGAAGCCUUAUAAAUGUGAUGAGUGUGGGAUAGCCUUCAGUCAGAGGUCAACCCGUAUUAAACACCAGAGAAUUCAUACUGGAGAGAAACCUUAUAAAUGUAAUACAUGUGGGAAAGCCUUUGUAGAGAGGUCAAACCUUAUUCAACAUCAGAAGAUUCAUACUGGAGAGAAGCCUUAUAAAUGUAAUACUUGUGGGAAAGCCUUCAAUCAAAACUCAACUCUUUUCAACCACCAGAGAAUUCACACUGGAGAGAAGCGGUAUAAAUGUGAGCAAUGUGGGAGAGCCUUUAGUCAGAGCUCAACCCUUAUUUCCCAUCAGAUGAUUCAUACUGGAGAAAAGCCUUAUACAUGUAGUGAAUGUGGGAAAGCCUUUCGUAAAAACUCAACACUAAAUGAGCACCAGAAAAUUCACAAUGAAGAGAAACCUUCUAAAAAUGAGAAAUGUGAGAAAGUCUUCAGUCAGAGCUCAACCCCUGUUUCACAUAAGAAAUCUCAUAAUAGAAAGAAGCCUUAUAAAUGUAGUCACUGUGGGAAAGCCUUUCCUAAAAACUCAAUACUUGUUAAACACCAGAGAAUUCAUACUGGAGAGAAGCCUUAUGAAUGUAAUAAAUGUGAGAAAGCCUUCACUCAGAGCUCCACCCUUAUUAAACACCAGCGAGUUCAUACUGAAGAGAGGCCUUAUCAAUGUAAUGAAUGUGGGAAGGCUUUCAAUCAAAAAUCCAACAUGAUACGCCAUCAGAGGACACAUACUGGAGAGAGGCCUUACAAAUGCCGUGAAUGUGGGAAAGCCUUUAUGAGAAAGGUCCUCUUGAUCUUACACAAAAGGAAGCAUAAUGGAGAGAAUGUGGAAAAGUAAAGGGUGUGGACAAGCAUCUACUGAACAGUUAAACCUUAUUGUACAUCAGGAGAUUCACCCUGGAUAGAGACCUUAUCAGUAUAAUGAAAGCCUCCAUUCUGAGCUCAGCCUUUAAGGACAUUAUAUAAUUCAUACUGGAAAGAAGAAAGCCUUAUAACUAUAAGAAAUAUGGGAAUGCCUUCUUGUGCUUUUAAAUAGGAGAUGAUUCUUCUUGGAAAAUACUCCCCCCCUUUUAAAUGAAAUGAGUUUGGGAAAGCAUCUUAUGGCUGAUAUAUCAAAAAUGGAAGAAUGCAAAAUCAUUUGUUGCUUACAGUGGCCAAUUAUUGGAUUAAGUCUUGGGUAAGAAAAGAUAGUCCAAUUAGAACUGUCUCAAAGUGUUAUGGGGGAGGAGAUUUAACUGUGGGUCUUAGGACACAAGUUUGGCAGUCACCUGCUAGGGAUGCUAGGCAUGGAUGGAAGGCAUUCUUGGUCAGAAAUUGUUUGGAAUAAAUGCCUCUGAGGUAUUUCCUAUCUAGCUGUGAAAGCUCUUUCAAUGUCCCCUAACUUUUCCUAGAAAUAGCAUCUCAUCUUUUUAAUACCAGUAGUCUAUUAGUAUUGUAUGGUCAUGAAAUUUGGAACACUAUAGUCUCCAAAGAAUUGAACAUGGAUAUUACUUAGAAGAAAGAGGAAAAAUAUGUAUUGUGUAGGAGCAAGUAAAUAUGAGCUGUCAGUCUUGAAACACAGAUGAAUUGUUUGCAUUCAUUUGUGCAAAGAUGACUGAAUCCUGUCAGAAUUCUGUCAUCACACAUCAUCCAGGGAAUUUGAUGACACAGAGGGCAUGGAAGUAGUGAUUUUAUGCUUUGAUGAUCUUAAAUGAAGAAUAGAGUAGCUAGGAAGC